AUGAUCAACCACCAAUUGGACGCUUCAAGGAUGAUCGAUAAUCUCAAGUUACAGCUAAAAAACCACCACCACCACCACCACAACAAUUCCACGAGCUUCGAGAAUGGCGGCUGCAGUGCGUCGACCUUCUCCGAGGAUGACCAUUUCACCGAGACGAGCGUCUUCAGCGAACCGCGACACACGGAGGCCAUCGAAGGCCUCAAGGAGUUGCCCAAUCAGAACUGGCGCACUAAAGAAAGGAUGAAAACAAUGAGCGUCGCCAUAGUGCUCUGCCUCAAUGUGGGCGUCGACCCUCCGGACGUGGUCAAGCCCAACCCGAGCGCCAUCCUCCAGUGCUGGAGCGACCCCUUCAGUACGCAACCGACGAAGGCGGCGGAAACGAUCGCCACCAAACUGAUCAAGCAGUACGAGCGGUGGCAGCCUCGGGCCCGCUACAAGCACUGCAUCGACCCCACCGUGGAGGACAUCAAGAAGCUGUGCACCACACUGCGGCGGACCUCCAAGGAGGAGCGGGUGCUCUUCCACUACAACGGCCACGGCGUGCCGAAGCCCACGGUGAACGGCGAGAUUUGGGUGUUCAACCGCAGCUUCACCCAGUACAUUCCCCUCUCGCUCUUCGACCUGCAGCAGUGGAUGGGCUCGCCCUCCAUCUACGUCUUCGACUGCUCCAACGCGGGCAUCAUCGUCGAGCUCUUCGCCACCUUCGCCAUUCAGCACGAGAAGGAGUACGAGAUGAACGCCACCACCUCCAGCUACAUGGCGGCGCCCAAGCCGCCGGACGACCUGCUCGGCGGCGCCCAGGGGCCGAAGGCGGCGGCGCCGCCGCCGCGGCCCAACUACCAAAGCUGCAUCCUCCUGGCGGCCUGCGACAAGGGCGAGUCGCUGCCCCUCCACCCCGACCUGCCCGCCGACCUCUUCACCUCCUGCCUGACGACGCCCAUCAAGACCUUCCUGGUGUGGUUCAUCAAGCGGAACGCCCGCAAGCUGGCGCCGAACAUCAACGUCGACCUGAUCGACAAGAUCCCCGGCUCGCUCACCGACCGCAAGUCCAUUCUCGGGGAGCUGAACUGGAUCUUCACCGCCAUCACCGACACCAUCGCCUGGAACACCCUCCCGCGGGACCUCUUUCAGCGCCUCUUUCGCCAGGACCUCCUCGUCGCCAGUCUCUUUCGGAACUUUCUCCUCGCGCAGCGCAUCAUGCGCUCCUACGACUGCACGCCGGUCUCCAACCCGCCCAUCCAGUCCGUCCACCACCACCCCAUGUGGAAGUCCUGGGACCUGGCGGUGGACAGCUGUCUGACGCAGCUGGCGGCGAUGGACCUCGCCAGCAAGAGCUUCACCCCGCCGCCCUACGUGCCCAGCCAGUUCUUCACCGAGCAGCUGACCGCCUUUCAGGUCUGGCUCAAGCUGAGCUCCUUUCCCUCGAGCACGCCCGAGCAGCUGCCCAUCGUCCUCCAGGUGCUCCUCAGUCAGGUGCACCGCUCGCGCGCCCUCGACCUGCUGGGCAACUUUCUCAACCUCGGCCCGUGGGCGGUCAAUUUGGCCCUGUCAGUGGGAAUCUUCCCCUACGUACUUAAGCUGCUGCAAGCUUCGGCCAAAGAGUUGAGGCCGUUUCUCGUUUUCAUCUGGGCCAAAAUUCUGGCCAUUGAUGAGUCCUACCAAAGCGAGCUGAUUCGCGAGAACGCCCACGUCUACUUCAUGAAGAUCCUCGCCGACUCGUACAUCAGCACCAGCCACCAGAUCAUGGCCGCCUUCGUCCUCUCCGUCAUCGUCCGCCACAACCCGCACGGGCAGAACACGGUGGUGCAGGGCGGCAGCAGCAGCCUCCCCAAUGGCUCCAUCAUCGACAUUGCCCUGUCGCUGCUGCUGGAGCAGCAGCAGGAGGACCACCCCAACCUGCGCAAGUGGCUGCUGAUCUGCCUGGGCAACGUCUGGGAGAACAACGCCGAGGUGAAGGGGCUGGCGACGCGGAACGCCGUCGCCGACAAGCUCUUCGCCCUGCUGGAGGACCCGGUGCCGGAG